ACGAGAGCUCCUUCAACCCCCAAAUAGAAACCUAGCCUACCAAAGUAGAGUACCAGCUAUCUCAUCCCUAAAAAAGAUCAGAGAUCAAAGUCUCUUUCCGAAAGCCUCCCUCGCCAUCGCAGAGUCUGCACGACGAAGCUCCGGCGACUCAAGUCUCCUCAACGCCUCUACAACCGUCACUCGGGAGAUCUCAGAGCGUACGACGUUCCCUCCGUCGACAGCUGGUGGUGGUGUGGUUGUUGUAGGUAUUAUACAACUGUAAUGUAUUAGGUUGACAGACGGACAGGACAAAGGGCAACUUCCAGACGCCAUGAAACACCUCUCAGCAGCAUCCACUUACUCUAAUAGGAAUCCUGUCAAAUUCAGAAUUCCAACAUCCGACAAUCUAGUUCCUAUUCGUCUGGACAUUGAGAUUGAUGGUCAGAAGUUCAGAGAUGCGUUUACUUGGAAUCCUUGUGAUCCAGAUUCAGAGGUGGUGAUAUUUGCAAAAAAGACAGUGAAAGACUUGAAGCUUCCUCCAGCUUUCAUAACACAGAUUGCUCAAUCCAUUCAAUCACAACUGACUGAAUUUCGAUCACUUGAAGGGCAAGAUAUGUACACUGGGGAGAAGAUCGUCACUAUCAAGCUUGAUCUUCGAGUAAACCACACACUCAUAAAGGACCAGUUUUUGUGGGUAAGUUUAUUAGAGAACGAGUAUCAGGACUUGAACAACUUUGAGAGCAAUCCAGAAGAAUUCGCAAGAACUUUUUGCGCAGAUUUGGGUAUUGAAGACCCUGAAGUUGGUCCUGCUGUUGCGGUUGUGAUCAGGGAACAACUAUAUGAGAUUGCAAUUCAAAGUGUAGCUUCAGCACGGGAAACCAGAAUAAAUAAGAAGGGUCGCAGAGGGGCUGAACAAUUCCCAGCCAGUAAGGCAGGUGGAACUGCAUUGGACUUGAUGAAAUUGUUUGGUUACAGAUCAAGUGUCAUUCGAAAGAGAAGGGAGUGGGAUGUCUAUGAACCAAUUGUUGAUCUUCUGUCAAACGAGGAAGUAGAGACCCUUGAAGCCAGGGAAGAGAGGAGUGCUCGGACGUGAAAUUACCAUUCAUUGUGAUGAUGUAAUGAUCUCCAGAUGAGCAUAUUUGUUGUGAAUAUUUUAUAUGAAUGGAAAUGUAACACGCCAGCAGAAUAUUGUAAGUUUAUUGAAUAGGCCGAGAAGCCUUUGGCCCAA